GUACCCAUAGAGUAGGUUAUCACUUUAAAUAUCAUUCUCUCUCUCUCUCUCUCUCUCUCUGAUGUUUGAGGAGUUGUAAACAAGGCUCUUGAGAAGAAAACAAAAUCUUGAGAGAAGAGCAAGAGAGGUACAAAUGCUGCUCAGAAAAACCAUACGCAAAACAAAAAACUUUCUCAACAAAACCCUUCAAAACUUCAAAUCCUUCGUCUUUGGAGGGUAUAAAAAGUUAUCCAAAGCCCCAUCUUUGAAGCUUUUCAACAACCCAAAAAUGCAACACCUCGACAAUUUCUACAAAGAAUUCUGUGAGAAGUGGGAUUCUGAUGCCAAUAAUGCAAACCCAAAUCUCAAAGGAGACAUCGAAUCAAAUGGAAGUGUAAUCGAGGUUUCAAACACCAACAACAAAGGAACAAACAUGACGCAAGAUCAGAAAUCAGUAGUGAUUAGCAGUAGUCUUGAAGAUAAGAAAGAUGGUGGAUGCUCAAACGAAGGAAGUCAAAUCCAUGUUUUGGAGCAAAAAAUGAAAGAAUUGGAGAUGAUGGAUAUGAAAGAUGAAGAACAGGUGUUGGAUAUUGAAGAGGUUCUUCAUUAUUAUUCUCUUCUUACUAGCCCGAUUUAUCAAGAUCUUGUGGAUAAAUUUUUCACAGAUAUGUACUCCGAUUUUUAUGUCCCUCAGCCACCUAUAAGAAGUAAUAGCAUCAAUAGUUCGAUAAGGAGACUAGGCCCAUUGAACGUCUAGAUGCUACAGAAUCUGUACGUUUGAGUACUUCAGUGUGUGUGUUUGAGUGUUUGUGUGUGCUUUCUUGAUUUUAAUUUGGGUAAUUACCUUUUUUACAUGGAUAUGGAUUAUGAAGUUACAUAUUUAUAUGAA